AUCUUCCAUGAUGUUAAUAUAUUUAAAGAGUUUUUACAUAUGUUCAUGUUUUAGCAACAGUUGCAUUUACAAAAGCUUAUAAAAGUUGUUUUCUUAAGAUAGUAUUAAGGGUAGUAUAAAGAGCAGUAGUGUCACUGUACCUACUAUUAUGGCACCACAGUCUCUUGCUUUAUCACCUCUAGCCAAAAGUUUUUUGACUUGCUUUCUCUUGAUGCAUCAUGGUCAUAAUGUUGCAUCCCUGCUGGCUUCAGAACACCAGCUUGCCAGUGCUACAGGUGGUGGUUCUGACAGAAGUAAUGAAGAGGCUGAACACAGUAUCAGACCUGAUUUAUGGAUGCAUUUACAUGGAAAUUCUAAAGAGCAGCAAGAAAGAGUACAAAUGAUGAAAAAUUUAUCUCUGAGCAUUGCAGAGAAAACCCUUAUAAAAAAUGUAGAAGAUAUGAGUGAGAGAGAAGACUUAAAGGAUAAAACAGAAGGAAUGAAGGCAAGUGAAGAUAGCAAAGCAAAGAAGGUUACAGAGGGCAAUAUAAAUAAAAGUCGUUUAAAUUCUGCUGGUAAAAUGGACAGCUCCAAGUCACAAACAUCAGGAUGGUUUUUUGAAGAGGAAAUUGAGGUGAUGGCUGUGCCCCUUCUUACUUAUCCAUCAAAGCAAGCCAUUAAACAUCCUCACUCUGCAAACCAACUUUCGACCAAUGAAGAAAUUAGGAUGGCACUGGAGUUUCAAGUGGAUGGAAAGAAUUUGAUCCUUGACCUCCACCCAACCAGGGACCUGCUGGCUGCUUCUUACAGAGAUCCAGUCUUGGGAUCUGCUGCAGACAGUGGAGCUUCACUUGAAUGCGAGUUCCAGGGAGAAGUUCGAGGAAUUGCUGAGUCCUGGGCUGCUCUGUCAGUGUGCGAUGGUAUUAGAGGCGUGAUAGUGGGUGGAGCAAAAGAACUGCUGGUUGAGCCUGCUCCAGGUACCUUGACUUCUGAGGGUCCACACCGUAUCGUCUCCACUAACCACCUUCAUCACUCAGCAGGAGCAUGUGGAGUAAUGAGUAGCAGGCACAGCAGUAGUAGAGAGAGAACUGAUGGAGUCUUGAAAAGGGAGAGACGCGGGACCCUCCAUGGUGGUCCUCUGUGGACGAGCAAGACUACAAGAUACGUGGAGUUAGUGUUGGUAGCUGACCACAGCUACUAUGAUACCUACCUCAAUAAGACUGUUCCACGCUGCAAGGCCAUUGUUAACAUUGUUAAUGCACUGUUCCGACCACUGGGUGUGGUGGUAGUACUGACUCAUUUGGAGGUAUGGAACAUCAAAGACCAGAUUGUUGUGGAUGAGGAUUCCAACAAGACUAUUGAUAACAUGAAGCCCUAUAGAAAAAAGUUGUUAUUGACUCGUCCAGAUAUUCCCAAUGACACCACACAGCUUUUGACAACUGUUGACUUCACAGGAAUCACCAUUGGCAAAGCUACAAUGAAUGGAAUGUGCAGUUAUGAUGAUUCGGUCGGAAUUGUGCAGGACAAAAUUGGACGUAUAAGCUAUGUCGCACAGACACUUGCACAUGAACUUGGCCAUAAUUUAGGUCUUGGCCAUGAUGAGGAUGAUAGUGACUGCCAGUGUGACACGAAUAACUGCAUAAUGAACACCAGCAGGGACAGGCAUAGUUCUCGUAUCAGCUGGAGCACUUGUAGCAAGAGGAACCUUACCAGGACAUUGAAGGGUUUCUCAUUUGACUGUUUGACGAAUGUGCCAUCAAAACUCUUCUCAGGCAGCAAUUGUGGUAAUGGCGUGGUGGAAGAAGGUGAACAAUGUGACUGUGGCCCUCCUACUUACUGUGACAACCCAUGUUGCAUGGCUGAAACUUGCCAGCUUGUCACUAAUGCCACUUGUGCCUCAGGCUCCUGCUGUAACACCCAGACUUGCACUCCAAAAGACAUGUGGACACUGUGCCGUGAUGCCACAGCCGAAUGUGAUGUUCCAGAGUAUUGUACAGGUGCUUCAGAAUACUGUCCACCUGACACAGUGAAGGAGGAUGGAACUCUCUGCUGGGGUGCGAAGGGUCACUGUUACAAAGGUGUGUGUGGCAGCCAUGAAGGCCGAUGCCAGCAGGUGUGGGGUCCCAGUGCAUUGGCAGGUUCUCCACAGUGCUACACACAGCUUAACCAGGAAGGUGGCCCAUAUGGCAACUGUGGUAUUUUGGAUUUGGACAGCCACACACUCCAGCCAUGUUCACUCCAUGAUUCUCUCUGUGGUACACUCCACUGCCAUACUGAUGCUGAUGUGAAACCUAAGUUUGGCAUUGUGUCCUACACUGCUUGGAGUAAAGACAAUCAUGACUGUAGGACAAUAUUUUCUACCAAUGACAUCCCCCCUAGCUACUGGCUCUCGCCCGAUGGUGCAGCAUGUGGAGAUGGAAUGAUGUGUGUAAGCCAAAGAUGUGUACCCAUACCAGGCUCAGGCUUGGGGAUGCUGUUUUGGAUGUUACUGGUACUAUUUCUGGUUAUCUUCUGCUUUUUGUGGGAUCCCCUGCGAUGGUGGUGGGUGAAACAAGGGCGUGCCUGGUUAUCUCGUAAGUUACCAUGUUGUGCUUCUUGUCUUGACUCCUGCUGUUGUCCACUCAUGAACAAAGUCACGCAGUGGACAGCCACCAUUGGUCCAUUCCAUAAAAGCAAAAAACCUAAUGAUAAUAAUGUUAAAGUAAAUAAGGAAGUAAAUGGUGGUGUGACUUCUCAGGUGACUCAGAACACAACAGAGUCUUGGCCAGUCAAUCACUGGGGAGAUGAUAAUGAACACAGAACUGUAGGAGUAGCCUCAAAUACUCGGAAUGAUGUUCACUUUUCUUCAAAUUCUUCUGUUUUAUAUCAUAAUAGUAUAAACCUCAGUCAUUCUGCUCCUAGUUAUUGCAUUAACACAGGUCAUGCAUAUGCUUCUGGUGAGGUACCUCUCCUAGAUAAUGUGAAUUCUAUAAAACAUUGGCCCAUAUCUUCUGCUAGCACCAGAGAAAACAUAUCAGAAACCAUACCAACAUCACCAGAUGUCCUAAGUGAUGAUGAGGUCAUCAACAAACUAUCAGAGCUAACACAUAAUCUUAACAUUAUCUCUGGAAAACAGGACAGAUCAUCCAAAAAUGAAAAUUUAAAUGAUACUAAUAUGAACGUGGAAACAGACUAUGACUUCCAACAUGAAACUCAGAAUCGACAAGUGCUGCAACCACAAGCAUCUUCUGACUCCUCAGUUAAACUUGUACCAGUAAGAAGAGCUCCUUCACCACCUGUGCAGAAACCAAAGCAAGAAGGAAUGACAAGUAGAAGCAUCUCUUCAGUGUCUUCUAUUCCUUUAGCAACAAGCCUGACCCAUUCCCAGAUUCCAGAAUCUACUGUACCUCCAUGGUCAGACCUUAUCAUACCUCCAAGACCAGACUGUAAUGAACUUCAAACAUCAGAUUCUAUUAUAUAUCAAAAUCAAGAAUAUGCUCAUCAGAGACCAGAACCAACUAUACCACCAAGACCAGAGUAUACUCCAUCUCAAAGGCCAGAACCUUCCGUACCACCAAGACCAGAGUAUACUCCAUCUCAAAGACCAGAACCCUCCAUACCACCAAGACCAGAGUAUACCCUACCUCAAAGGCCAGACCCUUCCAUACCAUCAAGACCAGAACCUUCUGUACCUCCACGACCAGAAUUUUCAGAAAGAUUUGUAUCGUUUAAAAAGACACCCUUUGUUCCUCCAAGACCAUAGUCUAUAAAUAGGAGCAUAUCAAUGUAAUUUAAUAAAAGGACUAGAAAAUGUCUGCUCCUUUUUUUGCCAACAAAAUAAAAUUUAAAGACUUCAACCCAUGAGAAUAUUUUUUUCUCAGCUAGUCAGUGUACAUCUAUUUUUAUUAUGUGUUUAGUUUUAUAGUAUAAUAUGAAGCAUCCAUUUAUUACAGGGCAUAUUGUACUCAACCAAUGUAACUUGAUCACGAAAAAGGAAAUUUUUUUUGUAAAGUAAAAGGACACAAGUGCAAUUAAUGUGACGUUUAUUGU